GCAUUUUUGGCAUUUUGUUCUUUCGAUUUGGCAGAUGUGGCGAAAAUGAAUUGAUUGGAAAAUAAGAAAUUAACAGGGUUUAUGUGAAUGGUGUGCUUUGAGUGAUUAGUGAUAAUCGUGGGCAGUGUUUUUAAUUGUUUGGGUGGACAAUUAAGUUAUAAAAAUGUCUUCGCGCGGUGUUAUGGUUACUGGUACGAACGGUGCAGACUUCGAGCACAGGGAAAAAAUAGCUGUUCAGUACCAGUUAAGUGCCCUGAACAAGUCAAGACUAAAAUACUGUGUGUUCUUCCACCAUGUGUUGUUCUUCGUGAUGUUGGCAAAGCUAUCGGCUGAUAUCCUGGACAAACUCGACAUUUUUAUAUUGGAAAUUGAGGAAUUGCAAAUACCACAGCCCGUCUGGUGGGAGUACAUCUGGUGCCUGUCUCUGCUACUAUCGUUCCUCGGACUGGCUGCGAUAAAACGUAACAACAUCAAGCAAUUACGAAGAUACAUGUACGGUAUUACAGCGCUUGGAUUUGGACCGUUAUUGUAUUGCAUCCUCUAUUACUGUGGGGACGUCUUUAGGUACUUGUCAAGAGAUGAGGAUGAAGAUGACAGUUCGGAAGUGGAGAUUGAACUUUGGCAGGGCUACCCAUACGGUCUCCUGUGGUACGCUUUCGUCCUGCUAGCGUCACAAGUGCACUUCUUCCAACUAUACUUCUCGUACAACUUGCUGAAAGCGUGGCGCGCACGGGGCGCGUUAAGGAAAGCCGAAUAAAGCACUUGUUAAGGUAUAUCACCAGUUCAUUUGUUAAGCAUACUGUCAGGAUAUUAUGUUAUGGUUUUUAAUGUAUUUUUUACGAAAUGACAUGAUUAUUUUAGUUUAGGUCGUCACUUAUGUCAGCAGAGACCCACUAUCGGUCGUUAUGGAAAUCAUUGGGGCAGGCCUAUGUUCAGCAGUAGACGUCCUAUGGCUGAUAUUGUUAUUUAAUGUACUUAAUUUUAAUGAUAUAGUUAGUCAAUGGAGAUUGACUCAUGGGAAAAUUUUGUAUUGAAAUAACAUAUUGAAGAUAUUGUUUACUAUUUGUAUGUUAUUUUAGGAUUUUAUUUAUUUUAAAUCAUACCCUGACAGUAUGUGCACUGCCAGAUUUAAGUAUGGAUGGUUAGUAAAACGAAUAUACCCUAAAAUCCGACAAAAGACAACUCAUAGCUACAGUCUAACAAUGUAAAUACGAUUCUCAUUAGUUUUUCACGUUACAAAUAUAUUUAAUGUCUAUUUUAGAUAAAUGUUUUAGAAGUGACUAGUCGUAAAGGUACUCAAUGUCUUGAUGUAUCGUCUCCAUCUGUAUUAAUUUCUAAAUAAUACAAAUAAAGCUCUAUAAUUGAAAAAAAAAAAUGCCCACUUUUCUCUGAGGCAUAAAAUUGUAAACUUGUCAGUUCAAAACACGUCAUAUUAUUUUGUGAGGGGAAACUGUGUAGUGCAAACGUAUCUACGUAAACACAAUACAUCACACUCUAAAGAUAUGGAGCACUAUCUAAUAAUAAUUAAUAAAUAAUAAUCACUAUCACAAUCUAUGGAAACUGGUCACAGUGAUAGUAAGACUUUUAGGUAGUUUUGAACUGUCAAGUUUUGAAAUUAAAUAACAUUAACAACACCUUUUUAUAUACGCACAUGAUAUUGUGAGAUUAAAAAAUACCUUUCUUUUGUGAAUAACUUUCAAAAUUCUUUGGAGUUAAAUUUUGUUAACCUCAAUAUGUUGUUAAAAGAGAUCUAAUGUUAAUUAAUUUUAAACGUUAAGAUUUUAUUUAUUUAUAUUGUAAUUUGAAACUUGUCAAUUUUGAAACGUUAAGCCCCAUGAUUAUAUUGUCUAUAUUUUAAUAAGAGUUUUGUAUUUUUUACGUACCGUAUUGAUUGAACGGGUGUGAUUUUGACUGAGUAAUAGUUGAAUUUAAAAACAUAUUUUGUAUGUUAAUAGACUUUAGAAGCAAGACUAAGGCAAUAGAUGACAUGUAAAGAACUGUUUUCUCUUUUUAAUAUUCUCUCAUAAUAUACAAAGUCAGUUAUUUAGCCAAAUGUAGGCUAUUCUAUGUCGAAAUCAAUUCAAUAUUAGUUUUAAGUGAUAUAUCUUUUGAGUAAUGAAAUAUCAGCACUAUACUUGAUUAUUAAAGAAAGGCAGACUCUUAUUUUAUUAAUUUUAUAAGUUAUUACAAAAGUUUUUUGAUAUGAAAUGAGAACUAAUAAUUUUUGUGAAUCGGUCAACAAACAUAAGGGUGCUUACAUAAAGGUGGCUCUUGGCUUUAGUCUUCGUGGGCAUUUGUUAUCAUGGGGCUUUAUAAACAGACUAAUUGUGGUACCAGCCUCUUUGUGAAAGCACCUUAAUGUUACAACUAGUGGGACUUUGAUCUUACUGUUUGGGUUCUUAUUGGUGGUCAAACUGUAGAUCCUGGCUAUACAGGAGUUGCAGCGGUGGGAACGAGAGGUGGGAAUAGUCUAGUUGGUUCUAUGGCCGAACAAAACAAAAGUGCAUUCUAAAGAUAAGUGUUCACAGUGCUUAGUGAGCGUUUUUACUAUACACAUUGCAAUAAAGUGUAGAUUUGUAUGACACACUCGUGUGGUAUGCGGACAUAUUUGUGUUAUGACACGUUAACGCGCUCACUUAUGUCAAAUUCGCACUAUGCACGUUGAAAUUGUAUCACCUGAUACAGUCUUCAAAAAUUACUAUGUGUACUAGGCCUUAAAAAUUUCGUCCUCUCACUCAAAGGCCUACGUUUUGUGUAAGUGUAAAUAAAAUUAAAAACUAUUUAUUACGUUUUACAGUCCAAUUUAUAAUGGUGUUGAAAGUUUGUUUUAUCUUUUGAGGUUUUCCCUUGAACAAUGGUUUCUAUUAAUAAAACUAUUUUUAAAACUUAA